UGUCCUAUUGGGCCACUGCAAAAUGUUCAUGGCCUAAUCGUCACCUCCUUCUGAGGCCUAAGGUCAAAUGCCAAGUGCAAGAAAUGGACACCCUGUUCUGACCUGUGAGUGCGGCUGUUGCAAUUUAAGCAAGUCACCUUUUACCCCCAACACCUGGGAAGAGGAGACAUGGACGGGGGAGGAAUUGGUCCCUUCACUCAGUGUGCUUGCCAAGGAGAAAUAGGGUGGAAAUGAACUCAGUUUUGUUUGGCCGAAAUGGGUUUAGGGUGUGUAAGGUCUGCUGGAAGUGGUGUGGUUUAAGAAGGAGCUUUAAGAAAGAAAAGGGAGUAUACAUAGUAGACCAGAUUUGGAAGGGGGUUCCAGAGAAGGGCAUAAAAGAAGCUGUAUCAGUCACGCGGCUUGACUGUUUCCCAGCUAAAACUUUGCUGUACUGCAACUAUUUCUGCCUAAAGUGUGGGGGUGGUGUUUUUGUCUUCCUCCAGGAUCUCAGUCUGCCCAACGGCACUCCUGUAGAUACUUCUAGCCCAGCCUCCUCCUCCUCACUGCUCAACCGACUGCAGCUGGAUGAUGACUUGGAUGGGGAAACCAGAGACCUCUUUGUCACUGUCGACGAUCCCAAAAAGCAUGUCUGCACAAUGGAGACCUACAUCACAUAUAGGGUUACAACAAAGACCACCCGAGCAGAGUUUGACUUGCCAGAAUAUUCCGUACGCCGACGGUACCAGGACUUUGACUGGUUGAGGAAUAAGCUAGAGGAAUCUCAGCCAACACAUCUCAUUCCCCCUCUUCCUGAGAAAUUUGUGAUGAAGGGAGUCGUCGAUCGCUUUUCUGAAGAAUUUGUAGAGACGAGGAGGAAAGCGUUAGAUAAAUUCUUGAAAAGAAUUGCAGAUCAUCCAGUACUUUCUUUCAAUGAACAUUUCAAUGUGUUUCUCACCGCCAAGGAUCUUAAUGCCUAUAAAAAACAAGGAAUGGCAUUGCUCUCCAAGAUGGGAGAGUCGGUAAAAUAUGUCACAGGAGGCUAUAAACUCAGAAGUCGACCGCUGGAGUUUGCAGCCAUCGGCGACUACCUAGAUACCUUUGUUCUCAAGCUUGGGACCAUUGACAGAAUAGCACAGCGGAUUAUCAAGGAGGAAUUGGAGUACCUGGUGGAACUGCGAGAGUACGGGCCAGUUUACUCCACCUGGGGAGGGUUAGAAGGGGAGCUAGCAGAGCCCCUGGAAGGAGUGUCUGCCUGUAUUGGGAACUGCUGUACUGCGCUCGAGGAACUGAGCGAUGACAUGACCGAGGACUUCCUGCCUGUCCUCAGGGAGUACAUCUUGUACUCGGAGUCCAUGAAGAAUGUACUAAAGAAGAGAGACCAAGUUCAAGCAGAGUAUGAAGCAAAAUUGGAAGCGGUAGCCUUGAAAAAAGAAGAACGCCCCAAGGUGCCAGUGGAGGUUGAAAAAUGUCAGGACCGAGUGGAAUGCUUCAAUGCUGACCUGAAAGCUGACAUGGAGCGAUGGCAGAACAACAAGAGGCAAGAUUUCAGGCAGCUGCUUAUGGGAAUGGCAGAUAAAAACAUCCAAUAUUAUGAGAAGUGCCUUACGGCGUGGGAGUCAGUUAUACCACUACUACAAGACAAACCAGAGACCAAAUAAGAAGCUCCCUCCUAGCCCACUGUCUUCUCUACACAUGUGCACAGGACCACUAAACCUAUUGGAGCUGCAUGACGCACUACUUUGUUGAGAAAUGCCAGCCGAGCCCAGUCUGGUACACAACCAUUGAAAAGCACUUGGACUUCUUCCUUUUUUUGUUUUUGUUGAACCGGUAUGUGUCAUCUUUUGAGCUUUCUUAAUGGGACCUUCUUAAUCCAUGGAGUGAUCUUGGGCUUGUAAUAGAAAUACACAAGGAUCAAGUGGCUUCUUGAUAAAGACAACUUGCCUCUUGGUUCUGGAAGGAACUAAUGAGUGGAAUACUAAAGCAAGGACAAUAAACUCUACACUGCAAGGUGCCAAUAUGACAUCCUUAUUACCAUCCUCUUCUGUUUGUUCAAUUAGGGUGGAUGUCCACCCAUGGUCUUUUUUUUUUUUUUUUUUUUGGCGAGAAUGGCCUGAUGUUGACACUUGUUACAAAUCAGCCAACUCUCUGGAUUAAGCAGUUCGAGAGCUGAGUCUUUUGGGGGAGUUUGGGCUGAUCCUAGAUGAGAACAUCGGGACGCCUCUGCAGAAAGUGCGUGAUACAAGCCUGAACUGUGGUGCGUGAGCGUGGCAUGCUGUCUGUUCAUAGUGAAUAUCCCCUACCCACUUGUUUACUGUUGGUGAAAUGAAGUAAUGUGAGUUGGCCCAUGUGAGAGAUUUGGGGAUCCAAGGACUAGCCUAGGGGCGUUAUGCUGCAGCCUUACAAGGUCUUUGAUGGGAACAAUGGGAGCAAACACGAGUCUAUUAACAUUUUAUUCCCACUGCGAGCUCAGACAAUUCUGGGAUAGGAUUCUGUGAGCCAAGCUUUCACAACCAUAUAAGCUAAAUGGGAGCCCCUCCGAAUCUCUGUCUCUCUCUCUGACCUUAGUCAUGUAAAGCACGCCCCUGGUCGUAAGGACAGCUCUUGCUUUUUGCCUUUUUCCUUUCACAGCAGCCAGAGCCCAAAAAGUGUCAAGUGCUUGCCGACACCAAGUAUAAUUUUGCAUGUGUGAAAAUUGGCUUAAACAUGUCAAUGGCAAGUGGUAAAAGAAAUACCUUCUUUUCCCCAUUAUGUGCGUUUAGCAGUCACACUUGUCUCUGAGCAUCAUUGAAAUGUCCUCUUUAGGUAGGAUAACAGAGUUAUGCCUCGUUAUUAUGCAACCUUGUAGUCUGUGGGAUCUUUCUUUCUUAUCGAGUGUCUCUAGUUAACUGCCCUUUGUUAGUUUAGUGGCCUCAGUAGCUUCCAAAGGAAGGGGUGCUGCCAAGACUGGUUAAUGAUACUUAAAAUCUGUUAAGUCUUUGUUUGCUGCUAGACCAGCUUGUUUCCUGCCACGAACGCCAAGGUUGAAUUAUUUUGGCAAACGUCAGGGUUCUAAGAUGAGCAAAGAGCCUUUUAUUUGCUUUAAUAUCCUCUCCUUUUCUACCAAAGUUAUUGGAAUGCUAAAGAGAUCCCGGCAUCUUUCCGGCAAGUUUGUAAAAUGGAAUAGAAAUGAGAAUUUGGCAAAGACUAUGCACAGUCCAUUGAAUUUGUAGAUUGUCCCCUGCUAAAAUAAAUGCUACAAUAUAAUAUACCUGAAGUUUCUUCAGGUCGGCAUAGCCUCUGUUCAACCAUUUCUGUAUAAAUGUUGUGGCUGUUAAAUUUAUUAACGUGGGGGAAUCACUGGGCAUAGCAUUUGUCAUGUUUAAGGCAGUUCUUCUACUUGACAGUAUCACUUUCAUUGAAGUCGUUUUGUGAUUCUAAACACACAAUCCCAAUUUGUCAGCUUAAGUUUGCCUCCGGUGAGAAGUUGAAAUUGCAGUAUAGCAACAAUACUGUGUUAAUACUGUGAGGGAAAGACUUUUUUAGUAAGAAAUGAUUCUCUAGUGAUCUGAUUUCUUCCCCACUCCCCAUGUCUAUACUUUCUGUCUCCAAUUGUUGUGCUUUUUAUCAUUAAUUCACAUCAUUUAACAAAUGAAAGACAGAAAGCAGAAACACAAUAUUUCAUGUGAUGAAAUCGGAGAAUUGUGUAGUCCAUCAGAAUACAGUUUCUACUCAGUCAAAUUGGUUAAGUGCAUGAAUGUAAUUGGCUCUGAAACACCAGCAUAAACCUAGAGUCAAGUAAACUUGUCCUUGCCUUCCCCGAAUGAUCAGGAAAGAUAAAUAGGAAUUCAGAAACAACAAAAUCACUGUUCUCUCUCAGAACAAUCAGCUAUACUAUAUUUCUGCUGAGCAUGUUUUUUCUUUUUAAAGGUACUUCUCCACAGGAAAAUAUUUGAAAAAUGUAGUGGUUCUGAUUUAGAGAGAAGU